GCUCAAAUAACGUAAGCUCGAGAUGACGGUGUCUCGACCAGCAUUGUACAAUCGCAUCCACAUUGACACCAUGCAGAAACCCGCCACGCCGUUGAUAACAGCAUGUGAUAUGACGAUGCUUACCACGCAACUAACCCUUCACAGGCCUGCGCGAGCUCCUAACGGCAGGUACACACACCAUAUGCCAAGUGACGACAAGCUCAGCGAAGCUUUAGCCGAGCUUCCAUCCCCGCCUUCCUAAUGCGGCCGUGACCGACACAGCUCCCCACCCAGUACCUUGGGCCUGUGUUGACGCGAUCCAAUGCUGGCAGAAUGUUUAUAAACGGGCUGGGAACAUGGAUUCCAAGGUCCCGACGAUGGUCGUGUUUCCGUACCUGGUCGUGACACGCUAUGAAGUUCUUAACUACGUUGACAGUCUUGAGUGGUCUGGGUGCGUUGAGCGAUGCCAAGGAGAGGAGGGGAAGAAUCGCAGAUGUGCACCUAGGAAAAAGGCAGUCGGCGCAGGCUACGUAUCAAGCGCAUACGAUUGAGCAGCCGGUCGACCACCUCCACCACGAAGCGCGCUACGAACCCCACACGAACGCGACCUUCUCGCAGCGCUACUUCUUCGACCCCACGUACUACAAGCCCGGCGGACCGGUUUUUCUGUACAUUGGCGGGGAGACGAGCGGCGAGUCGCGGUUCAGCAAUUUGCGGAACGGAAUUGUCAAGAUUUUGGCGGAGGCGACGGGUGGGCUGGGGGUUAUCCUAGAAAAUAGGUACUAUGGGAAGAGUUGGCCGACCGAAGACUCGUCGACGGAUAAUUUGAGGUUUUUGACGACGGAUCAGACCAUCGCGGACAAUGCGUUCUUCGCUAAGCACGCUACUUUCCCUGGCGUAACCGGCAACGAGAGUCUCCAUGCGCCGCACACACCGUGGAUCAUGUACGGCGGAAGUCUGGCUGGUGGACAGGUCGCUUUCACAAUGAAGACAUACAAUGACUUGUUUGCGGGAGGUAUAGCAGCCAGUGCGCCGGCGAUCGCCAAAUGGGAAUAUCCCAGCUGGUACAACCCCAUCCUGAAGUACGGACCAUCAGAUUGCAUAUCACGACUGGUUGGCAUCGUCGACAAGAUCGACGAGGUCAUAGACUCUGGUAACAAAGCUGCUAUUCAGGAAGUCAAGGAGGUCUUUGGGCUGGGCCCAGUGAGCGACAUUAGGGACUUUGCGCAAGCUAUUAGCUACCCCCUGGGCGGCCCCUUUGACUACCCCACCGGUACCUGGCAAGAGCUCAACUGGAACCCCCCCGACUCCUCCCAAGACUUCUUCAACUUCUGCUCCAACAUCACCAACCCCAACGCCCCCGCCAACAUCACAGCCGUCGACACGAAACUUUCAAAGUACACCCAAGGCGAGCCCUGGACCGGGCUCGGCAACUACGCGGCGUAUAUCAAGCGUGUGAUUGUCCCGCUCUGCGAAUCCGGCCGCCUCGACACCACCGACGACGGCUGCUUCAACACGCAGAACGCGACCUACUGGGCGAACCCCGCCAACGACGCCGGCCGCUCCUACCUAUACACUUCCUGCAUCGAGCUAGGUGCCUUCAUUGCCGCCCCCACCCACGGACCCACUCUCAUCUCCCGCGCCCUAAACGGGUCCUACAUGCAGUCUUGGUGCAAUUACUCCUUCCCGCCCGGCACCUACUCCUCCAUACCCUCUCGCCCCGAUACGAACGUGAUCAACCGCUAUGGCGGCCUGCACAUCUCUGCGCCGCGGCUCGCGCUGAUUGAUGGAGAGGCAGAUGUCUGGGUUGAUCUGACAUACCAUAGUCAUGAGAAGAAGGCGAUUGUGGUAAGUAGUGCGGAGUACCCGAGUUAUUUGAUUGCGGGAGCGGGACAUCAUUGGGAUAGUAGUCCCAGGACUGGGAUUAAGAGUGUAGCGGAUGAGCCGGAUUAUAUUCGGGAGGCGCACGAGUGGGAGAUUAGGACGGUGAAGACGUGGGUGAAGGAAUGGGGCAAGGGCGGAUACUAGAUGGUUCAAGAGGAGUGUGGGCGGAAAUGUAGAUUGA